CGUAGCAUAUGCAUGUAUAACAUGGAGGACCAUGAGAUGAUGUCCACGUGCAUUGGCUUGGAGUCUGACAAAGUCACAGAGAGAAAGAAAUGUGCAGACAAACUUUUGAAACUUAUUGGGAAGACGUAUGUCACUCAUAGUUUAGACAAGGCUACGGACAAAAAGAGAAAAGAACGCUGUAAAGGUUUUGGAUGGGAUAAUGUAUUCAAGGCAGUGAAGGGAUUUGUUCGAAAAGAACUUGAGGCUUUGCAAAAGGGACAAUCAAGAACAGCUGCUACAACUAACAAGAAGAAGCUGGAAAUAUGUUUUAUCUUUAAAACAGUCAUCAGAACUAUUAACAAGAAUGGCCCCCGAUUGAAAGUAACUGAUGUAAUAGAGCAUAUUCAGACAACAUUGCAAGAUGAGUUUGCAUGUUCAGUUGUUGGUGCCGAUUAUAGUAACAUUCUUAUGAAAGAAAUUUUACCUGAACAGAGAUAUUGGAGAGACAUUCCACCCAAGUCUUGGCAGGGUUUACUGCAGAUAUAUUGUCAGUUGUUCUACCAGUCUCCAGUAGGCUUCAAUCGUUUCCUGUCAGCUCAAAUCAUUCAGUUGAUGAUGCGUGGGGCUACUAGACAAGCUGACCUUAGACCAAAAUGCUUCCUUGAAUUCUAUACAAAAGUGUUGGCCCUAGAUUUUUUAAGGUCUGAAGUCAGUAUAACCAGCAAUAUCUUGGAGCGUCUCAUCUCAUCCCUCAAUGAGCUAACCAAAACUGUAGCAGCCAGGUGCAGGACACAGUUCUCUCGUCUUGGUGAAGACAUUUUCCCAGGAUUACUGUAUUGUUGGAGCUACAGGCCCACGGACAGGCUUAAGAGUGCAAUCAUUGAAUGUUGGCAGCAUCAGGUUUCUAUUCAUCAUCCUAAAGGUGCAAAAACGGAAGAAGAGGGUGCUUUUGCUGUAGACUCCAGGUCUUGGAAGUACAAUCUGACCAAGCUCUACAGUGUGUUAUUGGAGGAAAUUGGAACUCAAGAGACAAGGACUCGUUAUACCACUGGGUCAAGAGAGGUUGCUGUGAAACCAGCUCUUAUUGCUCUUGCAGCUGAUGUUUGCCAUCAGGUUCUUCAUAUAGACCAACUAAUACUGAAAAAAAAACAAACAUUGUUAAUACUAGAAAAACAGGUAAUAACGCGUUGCCACAGUGCUGAAAUAUACGAUGUAGAUUUCUGCACCGAUCAUAGUCACCGUAGCAUAUGCAUGUAUAACAUGGAGGACCAUGAGAUGAUGUCCACGUGCAUUGGCUUGGAGUCUGACAAAGUCACAGAGAGAAAGAAAUGUGCAGACAAACUUUUGAAACUUAUUGGGAAGACGUAUGUCACUCAUAGUUUAGACAAGGCUACAGACAAAAAGAGAAAAGAACGCUGUAAAGGUUUUGGAUGGGAUAAUGUAUUCAAGGCAGUGAAGGGUUUUGUUCGAAAAGAACUUGAGGCUCUGCAAAAGGGACAAUCAAGAACAGCUGCUACAACUAACAAGAAGAAGCUGGAAAUAUGUUUUAUCUUUAAAACAGUCAUCAGAACUAUUAACAAGAAUGGCCCCCGAUUGAAAGUAACUGAUGUAAUAGAGCAUAUUCAGACAACAUUGCAAGAUGAGUUUGCAUGUUCAGUUGUUGGUGCCGAUUAUAGUAACAUUCUUAUGAAAGAAAUUUUACCUGAACAGAGAUAUUGGAGAGACAUUCCACCCAAGUCUUGGCAGGGUUUACUGCAGAUAUAUUGUCAGUUGUUCUACCAGUCUCCAGUAGGCUUCAAUCGUUUCCUGUCAGCUCAAAUCAUUCAGUUGAUGAUGCGUGGGGCUACUAGACAAGCUGACCUUAGACCAAAAUGCUUCCUUGAAUUCUAUACAAAAGUGUUGGCCCUAGAUUUUUUAAGGUCUGAAGUCAGUAUAACCAGCAAUAUCUUGGAGCGUCUCAUCUCAUCCCUCAAUGAGCUAACCAAAACUGUUGCAGCCAGGUGCAGGACACAGUUCUCUCGUCUUGGUGAAGACAUUUUCCCAGGAUUACUCUAUUGUUGGAGCUACAGGCCCACAGACAGACUUAAGAGUGCAAUCAUUGAAUGUUGGCAACAUCAGGUUUCUAUUCAUCAUCCCAAAGGUGCAAAAACGGAAGAAGAAGGUGCUUUUGCUGUAGAUUCCAGGUCUUGGAAGUACAAUCUGACCAAGCUGUACAGUGUGCUACUGGAAGAAAUUGGAACUCAAGAGACAAGGACUCGUUAUACCACUGGAUCAAGAGAGGUUGCUGUGAAACCAGCUCUUAUUGCUCUUGCAGCUGAUGUUUGCCAUCAGCUUUUUAGUGAGGAGACCGCUGUGCUGGAAGUCACACAGAUUAGUACCACACAGAGUGGAGGGGCUAAGAGAAGAGGCAUUGAGGUUGGCUGGCAGACCAUCACUGACAAACUCCAUACACAGAAUAAAAGCCAUACUUUACCAUGGCUUGGUUUGCUGACCCAGCUGGUGUCAAGGUAUCCAGGUGGAAUGGAUGAAGAUCGCAGACAUGAACUCUUGAUAAUACUUGAGCAGAGUUUUGGAGAGGACAAUAAACCUGAGGUGACGGCAGGUCUAGCCAGAUGUUUGGCAGCCGUGGCUGAUGUCUCAGGCACACAGGACAGUAGGGAAGGGCACUGCAGGGACUCUUUACUGUGGGGAAGAGUAUGGAUUGCAGGUGUAAGGAAUAUAAGCCUUCAGAAUGCAGUAGCAGAAAACUUCUCCUUGUUAACCUCCCUAGUGAUCUCUGGCUAUGGAAGAGCAGACAAGACUAUUUGGACAUUGUUUGGCAACACUGGCACUGCCCCUAUAGAGACAGCAGUACGAUUCCUGCAGCUUUAUAUUCAGAAAUUCCCACUGCCAGAGAGUUUCAGUCCACUCCCCCUUGCCAUUGCUGCGGAUGCCUACACAUUAAGGCGGGUUUUAUUUGACUGGCUUUUGCCAAAUAUGAGAAAUCCACUGAAGGUUCAGACAGAGGUGCCAGAGGUUGAUGUUGCAAUACUUGCCAGUGUAUUAGCCAGUCUUACUUCCCAUGAUGCUGCUCCUGUUCACUUUGACAAGGAAGAAACAGAUGAAUGGAGUGAAUCCACUGCAGAUUUUGAGAAACUGUAUUUGAAAACUGCAUUCAAAUGGAAAGAGAAGAGACAGGAGCUAAUUUCACCAGUGCCAAAGCAGAUGGUUCAACACAGUCGGAUACCUGAACUUUCAAGGGAUUUGCUGAAACGAUGUGCUGAGUGUCUUAAAGAGCUGGACUCUGAGGGGCAUUCAGUGGAUUCCCUGGGGUAUUGGUGUGCCGUGGUGGGGACAGUGGUUUGGACACUCACACUUACUGGGUCUGCACUGGAGGAGCUCAGACAGAUAUGGAAGUUGGUGAUACGAACACUGACCUACAAAGUGAGUGAAGAAUUCAACAAAAAGAAUGCUUCGGUUUGUAUGAGGUUACUAGAAUAUUUGCAUCACCUGUACACCUUGAUGCAGUAUGAGUCUGCCAGUAGCAGGGAGAUGGCAGCAAGUAUGGCUGGGGCCGAGGCAGAGGGAGUAAUGGAUGCCUUAUUGCAGGUUGUCCAUAUCAAGGGUUCUGUAGGCAGUGCCAAUGUACAUAGACCACUUAGUGUAAUGGAGGAUGAAGAAGAUGGCAUGGAUGUUGAAGACAUGGAUGAUGGUUUUGGUGGCAUGGAAUUUGGGGAGUCCGAAGCCCAUGGUGCUACUGUUACUGAAGGUUUUUCUAGCCUGCUGAGCAGUAGUGUGCUGACAGAGAGCCAGGCACUCAGUCUGAAGGCAGCCAGUGUGUUGUGUUGCCUCUGUAGAAGCCUAGGGGAGCAGCCAUUAACAGAGUCUAUGAGGACUAAAUUAAUUGAAAUAUUCACUGCAGAGUCCUGGGAUCCUGGUGCACCAUUUGAUCUACAAUUAUUCUUGUUGGUGCUGGAUGGUUUGUCACACAAGGGCUGUGGAGUAUUCACAGAGAGUGAUCUGGAAGAUGUGAUGACUGCCUUAGGUUUUUUGCUGAAGGUCCAUAAGCUGGACCAUGAGAUCAGUGCCACAGGUCUUCAGCUGAUGGGCAAGAUGAUCCCACACCUUAGUGAAGGUGGCGCCACUUGUAGUGAGACCAUGCAGAAGUGCCAAAAGAUGGCAUUGCAGCUUCUUAGGUUCUUUUGGAUCCAAUAUACAGAACAGAAGAUCCCAAUGCCUGUGAAUAUGAGGUUGUCCAUGGUUUACUGCUUUCAGGCUUUCAUACAGUGUGAUCCAGCAGGAAAAUGGGCAUUUUGGCAGGAGAAGAGUGGACUCCAAGAUACACUACUCCUUACUGAUACAUUUUGUACACUGUUGAAAGAUGCCAGCAGAUUGGUACAGCAGUGUUGUGCAGAAAGAAUUAAUAUCUUGUUUGUCCACCCUGACACAGAGGGCAGACUGUGCUGGAAGAGCAAAAAAGAACAGAAGAACAUAUUUCAAGUGGUCUAUAGUGUGCUGCAGGAUGUCUUGGUCAUACAGGGUCGUCUUUCCCCUGAUGAACAGCAAGAUGAGAGUGUCAAUAAUAUAAGUACAAUGCUGCAAACUCUGGCCUCCAUAGCCAAGUGUACCCCUGUGUGUGAGAAGCAGGCAGUGUGUGCUGUAUGUAUACAGAUCAGGGAGCACAAUUUGGACCUAGAACUGGCACAGAAAGUAAUUUGGCUGAACAUUUUGGCUUCCAGCUUGUUUGUCCACCCUGACAAAGAGGGCAGACUGUGCUGGAAGAGCAAAAAAGAACAGAAGAACAUAUUUCAAGUGGUCUAUAGUGUGCUGCAGGAUGUCUUGGUCAUACAGGGUCGUCUUUCCCCUGAUGAACAGCAAGAUGAGAGUGUCAAUAAUAUAAGUACAAUGCUGCAAACUCUGGCCUCCAUAGCCAAGUGUACCCCUGUGUGUGAGAAGCAGGCAGUGUGUGCUGUAUGUAUACAGAUCAGGGAGCACAAUUUGGACCUAGAACUGGCACAGAAAGUUCUAUUGGAUGUGAGUAGCAGUCUAGGGUAUGGAUCAGUUGCAGACUACAUGGCAACCCAUGUCCCUUAUAUCUUACAACAGUGGACAGAGAUGAAGUACCCACUGGGGGAGUUCCCUUACCAGUUGAUGGGGUGCACUAACCUGGCUGAAUUUUUAAGGACUUUCCUCCAUGUGAUCAUCCCGUAUCAAGUUAUGCUGCAAGAUUUUGAGGGGACAAAGUUUGUAGCGGAAACUGUCCAGCAGAACUGGCAGAAGAUGCUGACAGAAGUCCUGCCCAGCAUCAUGGUGCAUAUCCUGCCUGUGUUUGCUGCAGGCAAGGACAGUCAACUGUGUACCACUGAACCCAUCAGGAGUAAAGUUAAGAUUGCUAACCAGUGUUAUGAAGCUUUGGAAAGGAUUUUGUCUCAACAGACUGUGUCCAUGUCCAUACCUCACCACCUGGACUGUAUAGUGCUGGAUGUCCUUAGGACAUUAUAUAACCCAGGAGACGACCAAACCGGUGGUUAUUUACCAGAGCCCAACCCACCUUACUUCAGCCAGGAGAUAAUAAGCAGUACAUUGGCAUACUUGACCAAGUGUCACGGAACUAAGGCUAAGAGUCUGGUAUCUCUGUUAGCUAAAACACAGGAUGGUAUUCAGAAGGUUCUCCUGCUGUUGUCUGUGGACAUUCAGAAAUGUCAUUGUGCACAUGAGAAGUUGAGGAAGCUACAGAUGUACGAGUUGUUCACAGGUCUCUUGAUGCAGGAAUUUCAUGAACAGUUAGGUGGGAGCUGGGCAUAUGUUCUGAGGCACACAAUACACUCACUGCUGCACAUUUUGAAGGUCUUUCCAACAAAGGCUAGCACAAGGAGUAGGUCAAGAGAGGAAGAGACAUUCAGUCAGGCAGUCUUCACCAAGGGCUGUGACAUGUUGAGACUGGUGUGUGACACUGGGAUGACAUCCUGUCCCCAGGAAAUGGACAAGUACCUUGCCGCCAUAGUUACAUCCAUAGUGCCAUAUGCAGAACUCGAGGGAGAAGUUGGAGAGAAAAGCCUAAGCCUGCUGAACUUCUUAGUGUUGGACAAUGUGUAUGUGUACAGAGACACGGUAGCUUUACUGGAGGUCUUCCCUGAUAAACCAGUCUUCUCAGCUCUUAUACACAAACAGCAAGAGGUCAAAUAUGGUGCUAAAAGUUUUACCAUUCAAGAGGAGCUGUCCAGUUUCCUGUCUGCACUGAAGUGCCUGGGAGAGCGUAACUGCAGAGAAGCUCUCGUACAUCUGAACCUGCAGCUAAAGAAUAGGAAGCUAGAACUGAUUGAAUUGCUAGAGAAAUCUGAUGGGGCCAUUCCAACCUUUUGUGAGGUGAUUUCGGAACUAGUGCACCUGUGCAGUUCAGGAGAUCACAGCAUUGCCCUGGAGGCUGCGGCUUGUCUUGGAGAGAUUGGCCCCACCCAACUUUCAGUCACCACCCUACCAAGAAGAGGCUAUCAGGAGAACUGGACACCCUUGUUAGAAAGAUACCAAGGGGAUGAAGUCCUCAGGAGAUAUUUCCUCAUUUUCCAUAAAUUGUCUGAAUAUACAAUUGCUGAGGAUGUAAGCACCCAACUAGCUGCUAAUAAAGUUUUGAAGUCCAUUCUGUCAACUAGAAGUGGUCAAGCUUUCUGCACUGACCACAGGAACAGACUGCAGGAAGUAGACCCACUGUUUCACUACCUGCAUCCCUUCAAAGCAGCCAAGAAAAAGUCCACCCAAGAUGACCAGUCACAGCAUGUCCAGCCACGGACCUCGCACCAUGUCUUGACUGACCAGUCCCUAUGGCUACCAGACCACCAGCAAACAUACACUGAAUGGCUAACCAAACUGACUUCUAGUUUGGCCGACUCAAAAUAUGUGCAGGAUGAAAUUCUACAGAGACUGGGGCCUAUAUGCAACACCAUGGUGAAGUUCUGUGAGCUGGUUCUGCCCUACCUCAUCCACAAUAUCCUGCUGUGUGGAGACGAGGACCAGAGGCAGGCAGUGUCUCAGCAGAUUGGCCGCGUGUUUGCUCUACACUGCAGUGCAGUGCAGGAACAGAAAAGCAGAACAACCACCCCAAUGAUGUCAGCCCCUGAGAGCAGCCCUAGAUGUUCCAAUGUGGACCAGAAGGUGGUGAAAGUCCUGCUGAAAGUGGUGCAAUAUCUGAGGCAGCAACAGCUCCCCACUCAGAAUAGAAGGUCCCGCAGUACUCUGUUUUACAAUAACUACUGGUUGAACCUGAACUUCCUGGAUGCUGCCAAAGCAGCCUUGACGUGUGGAGCGCCCUUCUCCACCCUGCUGUAUACUGAGAUAUGGUGGGAUAUGGAAAGAAACCAGGAUGUGGACAGCCCGAGUAGUUCUUCUGAAGACCAGCAGUCGCUGCCAUCGCGCCCACUGCCAGAUGGAGUGCAGGCACUCCUCCUGGAGGCAUACCGCAGUAUUGGCGACCCAGACGCUGUGUAUGGGUGUGGGGCCGGGCAACUGCCAGAUGUCAGCACUAGGAUUCAGACAUAUGAGCAUGAACAGAACUGGGAUAAGGCUCUGUUGGCGUAUGACCUGGAAAUGGAAAAUCCAAUUGUUGCCACACAAGCAGGGCUGUUAAAUUCUUUGCAGAGGUUUGGCACUGACCAUGUGUUGGACAUGUACCUGCGUGGCCUCCAGCAGGCAGGCUGGGAAGAAAACGAGGAGAUCCGAGAGCUGCAGUACCAAGCAGCUUGGAGGGCAGGGAAGUGGAGCACAGAGUUACCAGCCAGAGCGGAGUCCGGUUGUGGGUUCCACCAGGCAUUGUUCACCUGUCUUAAAGCAGUUAAGGACAGAGAUGGCGCCAGCCUGGAUAGGGCUAUAGAAGUGACUAGGCUAUCUGCUCUGAAGAACAUCAGCAGUUUCAAUAUGGAGAGUGUGCGCAACAUAUACCCAGGACUCAGCAGACUGCUGUGUGUGAGUUUGGUGGAGGACCUGGGCAGGCAGAGCCCAAGGAGUGUGAACACAGAGAGCCUUUUACACACCUGGUCAUCACAUAUCCAGAGUCUGGGCACUGACUUUGAGUUCCUGGGCCUUGCUUUGGAUGUUCAGCACACACUGCUCUCCAUCCUCAGUGAUCACAUGGGAGGGAACAGGUCAGCUGGUCAAGUAGUGACUGACCACCUGCAACUUGUGGCCAGGGUGGCCAGAGAGGCUGGGGUGUACCAGACAGGGGAGCGGUGUCUUCACCAGAUCAGGAAGCUGAUAGGUGUACACAGUGCUAUCAGUCCUGUGUGCCAGCUGGAGGAGGCCAGACUGUUCUGGGCCAGAGGAGAGGAGAAUAUUGCCAAAAACAUCAUGCAGGGACUGAUACAGGAAUUGAGCAGGGAGUGGCAAGAUGGCAGAGAGAGGCAGACACUGUACCCGCAGGUUCUUGGCUUGUUUGGGUCCUGGCUAGCACAAACCAAGUGCGAAAGUCCUAGAGUGGUGAUGGAGAAAUACUUGGAGAAGGCAGUUGAUGCCCUUGAAGAACUAGGCACAGAUGAUAAAAAUACCUGCUGUGAGGCCUAUCUGGCCCUGGCAAAGUUUGCUGAUGGCCAGUACAAGCAUAUAGUGGACUACUACAAGUCCAGCACCUAUGAGGCCAAGCAAGCCCAUGUUAGGAAUGCUAGGCAGGAGCUGGAACAACUGAAGAGUUUGGGGACCACUUCUGACUCAAGUCGUUACUGCCGCACACUGGACCAACAGGCUCGUAUUGAUGAAGUAGAGAUCAAUGAGAUGAAAGCUGACCGUGACAGAUUUCUACGCCAGGCCAUUGCUAACUACACCAAGUGUCUCCACCUAGGGGAUGAACAUGACAACCGCAUUUUCAGGGUGAUUGGGUUGUGGUUUGAGAAUAUACAGGAUGAGGCAGUCAAUACCCUGAUUGAGGACACUUGUAGAGUGCUACCUCCUCACAAGUUCCUGCCCUUGAUGUACCAGCUAGCAGCCAGGAUGAGCAAAGAAAAUGCUGGCAACUUCCAAACCACUCUGCAGAAGUUGAUCCUCCAGGUGGCAGCAGUUCACCCACACCACACCCUGCCUAUCAUCCUAGCGCUGGCCAAUGCCAACAGGGACGUGGAGCUGGCAGCACAGCAGAGGCAGACCAAGAAGCAACAGCUCUCACAAGCCAGUUCACUCCUUGAAGACCGUGCAGUAGCAGCCCAGAGUAUACUUGACCAGUGUAUGACCUCUGAGAGUGGUCAGCACAGACAGCUCAUUAAAGACCUGAAAACACUGGCCGAUGCCUACAUCCAGCUGGCCAACUUCAGUGUGGAAGCACACAAAAAGGAGACAAGGCCUAUUAAGAUACCUGCAGUCUUACUUAUUACAAAGUUGAAGAACUUGGAAUGUUGUGUUUUGACGGGUGAUAUCCAAGUGGACUUGACUGGUGAAUAUGGAGCACUGGCAAAGGUAGCAGGUUUUGAGCCCACUUAUAAACUAGCAGGGGGCAUCAACCUGCCCAAGAUUAUCUACUGUAUUGGCUCUGAUGGCAAAAGGAUGAAACAGUUGACAAAGGGUCGCGAUGAUUUGCGUCAGGAUGCUGUGAUGCAGCAAGUAUUUGGGUUGGUGAAUACAUUACUGAAGAAAGACAAAAAUGCUGGAAAACACAAACUUCAAGUCAAAACAUACAAGGUGGUACCCCUCUCCCGGCGUAGUGGUCUGGUAGAGUGGUGUGAGGGCACGCAGCCACUGGGAGAGUACCUAGCGGGUAGUGAUGGUGCCCAUCAGAGAUACUAUCCAGAAGACUGGACAUUCAUUCAGUGUAGAAAGAGGCUACAAGCAAUUAAAGAACCUAAGGAGAGACUACCAGCUUACUUGGAAGUAUGUCGCCAUUUUCAGCCAGUUUUCCGUCAUUUCUUCCUGGAAAACUUCCUAGACCCAGCAGAGUGGUAUGACAGGAGACAGGCAUAUAUCAGGAGUGUGGCUACCACUUCUAUAGUUGGAUACAUCCUUGGACUUGGUGAUCGUCAUAUUCACAACAUCCUCAUAGACUGCACUACAGCACAGCUGGUGCAUAUAGACCUGGGUGUUGCAUUUGAGCAAGGCAAGAUCUUACCCACUCCAGAAACAGUCCCAUUCCGCCUGACCAGAGACAUAGUGGAUGGCAUGGGGAUCACUGGCGUGGAAGGAGUCUUCAGAAAGAGUUGUGAGAAGACAAUGGAGGCCAUGCAUCAGUCCCAGGAAGCCCUUUUGACUAUCCUGCAGGUGCUGCUGUAUGACCCUCUCUAUAUGUGGACCAUCUCCCCCCUCAAGGCUAUGGCACUACAGAGGACCAGGCAGGAGACAGAGGCCACAGAACUCAAUACUAGCACCACAGCAGUGGCAGAGGCUCAGAUACCAGGUCAAGUGAACCCUGACAAUAAUGUGAACCAGAUGGCAGAGCGAGUGCUACUGAGGCUACAGCAGAAGUUACAGGGGAUCGAAGAAGGUCUACAGCUCAGUCUCAAAGGCCAGGUGAACUAUCUGAUACAGCAGGCUGUGGAUACACACAACCUCAGCAGAGUUUUUCCAGGAUGGAUGCCCUUUAUGUAACUCUGAUAGGAGUACCCUACUCUAUGCCAGUUUUUAACAAACAGCUUGGAAGUCUAGCAUUAUUAGUUGCUAAAAUUGGAAGCUCUUGGCACACUUGUAAACGAAAAGACUGACAGACCAGCAAAUUGUACAUUUAGGGGUUAUUGCAUGUGCAUGCAGAACACUGUUGAUGCCAGUUAGGUGCUUAUGGUGUUUUUGUUUUUGUCUAUUCAUGUGAAAAAAAAAUGGCUGUUUUAAUUCAUUAAUUGUGUCAUUAAUGUUUCAACAUCUAUUGAUUCAUGCGAGUGAAAAAAUUAAUAGUCAAAACUUCUGUUAGGAAGAACAUUGAUGAACACACUGUAUUCAAAAUUUUCUCAGAUCGUGAGAAAUUGCAAAAAAAAAAAAAGUGCAGUAUUAGAGAAUGGUGCUUCCCACAUCUUGUGAACAGUCAGAUUUUAUGCAAGCAUUUAACAGCCAUUUAGAACUGUUGAACAUUUUAAAAAGUGACAACGUAGAAUACCAUUUCACUGUGAAAAAAACUAAAUUUUUUAAAUAUUUUUCAUGAUUAAUGGAUAUAAGAUUCUCAUUUGAAAGAAAAAGCAUAAAACACAUAACACACACCAAUUUUUUUUUCAAAUUAACAAUGUUUAUUGCUGAUAAGUGUUUGUUUUACAAACGAUAACCAUUUUGAUGAGAAAAAUAAAUAUCCUAUGUCAAGAAAACAUUGCAUCUAUUUAGAAUCUAUAUCUACAUUUUUACAGAGCAUGCAGAUGUUUAGGAUAGCACCAAAUUUACCCAACAUCAGAAGAGAUCUCCUAUUUAGACGUCAAACCAUUAACAGCUAGUCUCUAUCUAUUCCCUGCAUUCAGCAAACAUCCCCCUAUCAGUUCAUUUGGAAUGAGUUAGCUGUGAAUAAGUCAAUCCCAAUAUGGUCGUAAUAUAUGUGCAUUAAAAAAUGCAAGCGUCCUUGUAUUAUAUACGUGAACUUUCUGUCUGGAAUGGCAAUGAAAAGUUACAGGAAUAAGUAUUGAGGGGAAUGUUUGAAUAAAGAUGAAACUGACUUUAAGAAGGAAUGGUUUUUGUAUAGUAGUAAAUGCAGACA